UUCUGUGUAGAGGGGAUGAAGGGGAGGGGACGAAGUAAUCGGGGGGAGAGUGAAAGAAAGAAUUCUGCUGUUACCCCUCUCCUCCCCUAAAUUGCCCCCCAACUGGGAGGGUCACAGGGGGCAGCAAAAGAGUUUAAUCGCCCUCAGAAUAAUGCUGGCGCCCAGCCUGGGGGGAGGGUCAGGGACUUUGUCAUUGAACUUGAAGUUCCAGGCUGGUGGCCUCCACCACUCCCAUCCCCACUUUCCUAAAAGUUUUAUGGGAAGAGGGAGGAAGAUGAGGGGAAGAGGGGAUACCUCUGGCCUCGGGAAAGAGGGAGGAAACCAAUCGGGGGAGGAAGGGCCACAGCAACCAGGAGCUCCAGGGGAGAUUAGGAGGUUUGCUGGGAGUCCAGGAAGCCUGGGGCUGCUGGGAGGAAACGCUCCAGCCUUCGCCCGGACUUGUAGCUAUGAGGUGGGGAGCUACCAACCGCAGGCCUUCUCACUGAGCCCCGCCCCAGACUCUACAGGAACAGGGGCAUCCAGUGCUCUGCUCCCGUCCUUCCUCUCUCCACCUAAGGUGUGCUAGCAGAGAGCCCCUGGGAGGCUGAAACCUUCAGGCGGAUGCCUGCCUGCCAGCUCAGGCAAGCUGGAUUCUGAUCCCCACCUUUGCAGAGAGAGCAGCGAUGUUGUGCGCCCAUUUCUCAGACCAAGGACCGGCCCAUUUCACUACUUCCAAGAGUGCUUUUCUCUCUAAUAAGCUGGGCAAGACCAAGCGUGGUGGCUCAGCCUGUAAUCCCAGAACUUUAGGAGGCCAAGGCAGGCAGAUCCCUUGA